GUGGCGCCGAAAGCACGUGAUGGCGUCCGUCGCCGCAUGGCUGCCUUUCGCGCGCGCCGCGGCCAUCGGCUGGGUCCCUAUAGCCACACACCCCCUUCCCCCCCCGCCGGUGCCCAAAGACAGGCGCCGUGCUGAGGAUGAAAAGCUUCUCAUUAAUGUCUCUGGACGACGGUUUGAAACCUGGAGAAACACCCUGGAAAAAUAUCCAGACUCACUUCUUGGUUCCUCUGAAAGAGAGUUCUUCUAUGAUGAAGACAGCCGAGAAUACUUCUUUGAUAGAGACCCUGAUAUAUUCAGACACAUACUCAAUUACUACAGAACAGGAAAGCUACACUAUCCAAAACAUGAGUGCUUAACUGGUUAUGAUGAAGAGUUAGCGUUUUUCGGCAUUUUGCCCGAUGUUAUUGGUGAUUGUUGCUAUGAAGACUAUAGAGAUAGGAAACGAGAGAAUGCUGAGCGUCUCAUGGAUGACAAGCUCAGUGAAGCUGGCGACCAGAGUCUGCCACAGCUUACAGAUUUGCGGCAAAAGAUGUGGAGGGCGUUCGAGAACCCUCAUACAUCAACUGCUGCUCUAGUAUUUUACUAUGUUACCGGAUUUUUCAUUGCCGUCUCAGUUAUGGCGAAUGUAGUAGAAACAGUUCCCUGUGGACAUCGGCCAGGUCGCGCAGGAACCUUACCUUGUGGAGAGAGAUAUAAGAUAGUCUUCUUUUGUUUAGACACAGCCUGUGUAAUGAUUUUCACUGCUGAAUAUUUGUUGAGGCUGUUCGCAGCGCCAGAUAGAUGCAAAUUCGUUAGAUCGGUGAUGUCGAUCAUUGAUGUGGUGGCAAUUUUGCCAUAUUAUAUUGGAUUGGGGAUUACUGACAACGAUGAUGUGUCGGGAGCCUUUGUGACCUUGAGAGUGUUUAGAGUGUUCAGAAUCUUCAAGUUUUCAAGGCAUUCGCAGGGAUUACGUAUCUUGGGUUAUACUUUGAAGUCAUGCGCCAGUGAGCUGGGAUUUCUGGUCUUUUCCCUGGCGAUGGCCAUCAUUAUUUUUGCAACUGUUAUGUUCUACGCUGAGAAGAAUGAACAGGAUACCAACUUCACUUCCAUUCCUGCUGCUUUUUGGUACACCAUUGUCACCAUGACUACACUUGGGUACGGAGACAUGGUACCCGGCACUAUCGCUGGUAAGAUAGUGGGAGGUGUGUGUUCCCUUUCGGGAGUACUCGUCAUCGCUCUGCCUGUGCCUGUCAUUGUCUCUAACUUCUCGCGGAUCUAUCAUCAGAACCAGAGAGCUGAUAAGAGGAAGGCUCAAAGAAAAGCUCGGCUCGCCCGCAUCCGUAUUGCCAAAGCUUCAUCAGGUGCUGCUUUCGUCUCCAAGAAGAAGGCUGCUGAGGCUCGUCUGGCUGCUCAGGAGUCUGGAGUGGAGCUGGAUGACGCAGGAAGGGAUGAGGAUAUCUUUGAGUUGCAGCAUCACCACCUUUUAAGAUGCCUAGAACGAACUACGGAUCGUGAGUUUGUUGAAAUGGAAAACCCAUUCAAUGGGGCCGCUAAACGGCCUGGAUCUCCUUCGCCUCUAGCGUCGCCUGCGCAUUCUGGCCGCGCACCUGCCUUAUUGGCUUGUUGCGCUCGAUGCGGCUGCUGUCCACAGAAAUAUCAGGUCCUGCUAUUAGACUCGAGUAGAAAACGAGCGCGGGGUACUCGGCGUUACACGGCGACGUCGCGGCCGUCAGACACUUCUGUGUCGGCCGCGCCCAGUGAAGACCCCUUACCACAAGCUUGCGGCAAAUACAUUCCAGCUGGCAGCACAGUGCAAGGGAACCAGACGGGCGUAGCAAUGGAUGGUACAUAUCUCGUGGAGGCGUCUUUCUAGGACCCGUCGACAAGUGCUCAACAAGAGAGCUAUGUGUAAGCCAGAUAGGACUGGAGUGAUUUGCCGCAAUUAUUAGGUUAUUUCUACAGAAGUAACAUAAAACUGCCUGAUAUUCAGAUAUCAUAGACUUUAAAUGGAGACCUUGAGAUGUCUGGUCAAACCUUUUUAUGACAAUUGAAAAAUGACAUUGACAAAGUAACACGUGAAUCUGUAUGAAUAUAUAAUUUGAAUGUAUUGAGACUUAGAUGUAGGUAGUAAAUUCAAUUAUAGUGUGAGUUAAGAUAAAAUAAUUUGCGAAAUCUAGACUGCUUUUUCAAUCUUCAGGUCUUCAUUGACAUCAAUGUCCAUCUUUUCUGAUAGUUUAGUCUAACAGUAUUAAAAGAUUAGAUUUACGAGAACUUCUUUAAAAAAUAUCAAGUUAAUCAAAUUUAGAGCAGAAAGCUACUGGCUAAUUACUAUUAAAUGUUAGCUAGAAACAAUGUUACAUUAUCCCAUACAAAACCUGCUUUUGGGACUUCAUAAUAGUAAUUAAUACAAAUCAUAUCAUAGGCAGAUAGUUUCGUUCAAGGGAAUUGAGCACUGAGAAUCCUGCUUUUUGUUAUACUAUCAGGAUACUUGUGCCUUCAAAAUUCAUUUACAUACUGUUACUCUGUGUUAGUGAAGUUUUAGAUAUAGAAAUAUAUUCUCGUAUCGGAGUCGUAUCGGUAAAGGCACGUAGCAGUGACGACUGUUCUUAAUAAGCUAUCUUUUAAGCUUACAAUUGUACCUUAAUGUAUAUAUUUAAAGUGCACAAAUUGUAUAUGAGAUACUUCAGUUUGAUGUCUAUUACCUACCAAAUAAGUAUUCAGAAGAAAAUGCCAAAUUGUGAAAAUGUCAUUUUUGUGUACUUUCUUGUGGUGUGUAGAGCGAAUGGAAACUCGAACGGAUUUCGGCUCGAACUAAAUUCACCAAUCUCGACCAACGUUUGGUACAAUGAAUUCAAUCACUGACUUUGAAUAUGAGGUCUAGUCUGUUAGAUAAACUAUAUGUAUACGCUACGUGCCGUUUAACUAUUCUAUAUCAACAGUGGCGGAUUUACAGAUUUUCAAGGUAUAGGCUGUAAAUUUUGCCGCCAUGCCCAUGCAAGUGUCAUGUCCUAGAUUAAUUUUCGAAUUCAACAAUUUCGUUAAAAUUGCACGUAAAAUAAUUUUUGAGUUGGUUUUUGAGCACAAACCAUCCAGUCUCCCACCAGUACUUGAAGAGGGAAAUGCAAUUUCGCUCUUUUUACUUAUUCAAAGUGUGAGCUGAGGGCGUAGAGGUCGAUUAUUAAUUGGGGGUUGCGCAAAAUUUGUUGCAGAGUAAAACAUCAGUAAAAAUCGUCAUGCAGAAAUCUAUUUGAUUUCUGAGGUAGCAAAAAAAUCGGUUCCCGAAUUCGCCGCCCUAAAAACCGCCCUAGGCUCCAGCCUACUCAAGCCUGCCUGUAAAACCGCCACUGUAUAUCAAAUUUCGGAUGCAAUGAAAAAACAAUGAAAUGUUCGUCAUCCAAUGUUUUAAUUCGUAGUCCCUAAAUAUAUGGAUGUCUUAUGAUCGCUAUAGUUAUAAUGUUAUGUAUAGAUAGAUGAAUUUAUGUGGUUAUAAUAGAAAUUAUUUAAUUUAAUUGUUAAAUCUAGACUUAAGUAAUAUCUGCGGGUGCAUUGAAUGCGUUGAUAAGGUAUUUAUAUUUUUUCUUUAUAAGAUUGGUACAAACGUGUAAUGAAAAACAUUUGAUUUUUGUAUAGAAGUCUGUAAGAAACUGCUUUUAGCUGUCCACCUAUUUAUUUUUCUCCUAUUUUGUAUGUCGUGAUGUAAAGAAAGUGGUAUUAUUAUUUAUACACUGGAACGAUAUUUAUAAUGAUUUUACUCUAUCUGAAUACUCUAUAAGCAGGCUGUGUUUAUUAGAAUAAUCUUAUACUAAUUUAUUAAUUAAUAAUAAAAGAGUUUAAUUUAAACCUGUACUGGUUUUUCAAAGUGUAUGUUUGAUAUAAGAUUGAGGGACGUACUCGACUGUCUAAACUGUCUAACUUCCCUAUAAGAAACGUUUUAAAGUAAUCUUGUACGUAAUUGUUUGUAUAUUUAUGAAAUUUUAUUUCAUUACCGAGAACGUGUUAAUUUAUACGAACGUUUUGUACCGAUCUUAUAACGUGUAUUAAAACCGAAUUCAGUGUUAAUAAAAUUUCUUCCAAAUAAUGCCAUUAUUACUAAUCAAACGUAGUUUCAAUUUGAUAAAUUAAUAAUUAAGUAUUAUAAUGUUCUUGUAACUUCGUAACGCGCAAAAUAUCUAUAAAUAAAUAUUUAAUGAAUGAAUGGUCUUAUUAAAAAUUGUUCUAGAAUCUAUUGUCUCGUUUAUUUACUCGACACUGCUAGAGACAAAAGAUUCUAUAGCUAUUUAAUAAUUUUAACAGUCAGAAUUCGAGUUUAAUUAUUAUAUUGAAUUCCUGUGAUUUUUAGUCCUUUAGAUAUAUUUUAGUAUCUUGUCCAUGCUUUGUAAAUUGACAAUAUUUAUAUUAUAGAUUAUUUUUAAUAUAUUUAAACCUUGUAUCGUAAAUUCGAACAUUCAAGAAAAACUAUUUUUUUUAAUACUUGAAUAAGGAAGUUACGAUGAUAUCUCCUGUAAUAGGUUUUCAUUUGAAAUCAAAUAUUUUUAUUACAAUGUAAUAAAAUAUAAACUUUUGAAUCUAAAUAUUGGGAAUUAAGAACUCUUGCAACUGGUUUUUCAUAUCAGGACCUUUCUUAAGCUUUUUUUAAAUAUUUAGGAAAAUGUUCUUUGGAGUACCCCCUAGACUAUCGUUUCUCAAGCGGGGGGUUCGCAUUCUGUUGAAAAAUAAUAAAUACAAACUACAUAUAGGUACAAAAGAUUCGUUUAUUAAAGGAAUGAAUAAUUGUAGUGUUAUAAAACUAAAUUAUAAUUUUACAGUGACGGGGUCGCAAGACUGUUUUACUUAACUUUUUGUCGUUUUCGUUGGUCGCGACAUAACAAUGGUUGAGAAACGAUGCUUUAGACAUAUUGCGUUUGUUCCAUUGAUAUUUUUUAAGUAACAUUAACCCCGAUAUGGAUAUACCAAUAUUAGAAUCCAGGACGCCAUGUACCACUAAGGCGGUCGAAAUACGCAUAGCAUUAAACACUUAUUCAAAUCCUGUUAUAAUAUUUGAAACAUGGUUUUAAUUGAAUGAGAUUAUUUUAUAAAUUCACGAAAUUAACACUGCAAUGAAAAUGGAAAUAUAUUACAUGAGAUAUCAAUUUCCCAUUAUAUGAUAUCGGACCAACAUGAAUGUGAAUUCUGACAAUAUUUUGUUGAUUUUAAAAGCUUCUAUUCUUCGUUAUUCUCUACAUUAUAUUAUAAAUCUCUGUAAAAUCAAAUUUUACUGUUAAUCACUGUUAUUUUUAUAGUUCUUAUUAAACUACACUUAUGAUAAGAUUCAUAGUCCAGACUUAAUUUUUUUUAUAUAACAGGGGCUAACGGACAGUUAAGUGAUGGCCCAUUAGACACUGGCACUACCAGAAGGCUCGCAAACGCCGUACCUUUUAGGCUUUAGUACGCUCUUUUCUUGAAGUAGGUACUCUAAGUCGAAUUGGUUGAAAAUACUUCAGUGGGUGGCUGGUUCCACAUAGUGCGCGAAAAAGACAGAAAUUUCUGCCUAUCUAGACACUCUUUCCUUCAAAAGAGCGUAUCAAUUCUUAAAAGGCGGUAUCACUUAACAUCAGGUAGUUGUGGAACAACGGACAUCGAGGUGAUCGUACCAUCUAACUUGUAAUAUGAUUGAAGGAUAAUUACCAAAUUAUAUAUGUACCUACAUGAAAAAAUGCGAAUUUGAGGAAAUUUAAAUUUUAAAUCUUUUCCAUAUAAGAACGAUGUACCUCUCAAAUGACAACUCAUAAAGAUGUAAGUUUUGCAAUUUGAAAUGGUGAUUAACAGUAAUAUUGAUUAAGCAUUAUUUCUGUCUAAUUCAUACAAUUCAAAACAAUUGUAACGUUAUAGAUAAAUAAGGAUGAAAAGGAAAUGCAGACACCGCAAGCAAGAAAGUGUGACGCAUGAUUAAACGAUCGUACUUAAUCAUUAUUAAGAAUAAUAAUAGGAAAUAAACAGUAACAAUGCGAUGCCUCUGUUAGUUAACAAAAAUCUAGCAGUGGCACUCCCUCGAUGUCAUCAAACGACCCAAUAUCUAUCAUCUUCUUUCAAUUCUGUAAUUACGUGGCAAGUUUUCAGGUAUAUAAGAUCAAAGUCCUGCUGCCUUAUCAACCUUAUUUGCCUAUUGUAAUCGAUUUCUCCUUGCCGCCUUAACACUGCCAGUAGCGACAUCUCUUAGCAUUAACCGUUAACCUCAAAAUAUGUACUUGUAUGAGCUUUCUGUUCUUAAAAGCUUUUACCAAAUUUACACUUCACAAACAUAACUUAGUUGCGGACUUAUUACCAUUUAUUUGUACAACAGUUAAAGGUAUGGUAGAAAUGAAAAGAUUUGCUUAAUGGUAAUGAUAAAUGAU